AUGACUGACCUCAAAAACCGACUGACGGACUUCAUCACCCCACUCAGCUGCCCAGCCGAUGAGGUUGAUCCAAUUUCGUCUAAGAAAAGGGAUCUUCAGGCUAGAGACUAUUCACUUGCUGGAGGCAUGACAUUGAUGAACGAAUUGGCUGCAUUCCAAAAUGCCCGAACAUAUACCGCGGACCUUGGAAUCCAGGCCUUUGAUUCUAUAUACGGGCUUGAAUACGGACUUUCUUACGAAGAACUGACAAAUUUCACGACUUAUGCAAUGAUGGGCACGGAUUUGACAGUCGGCGAGGCUAUGGUCUCUGCUCUGUGCGAAGGAAAGUCGGCUUACAACAACUUGGUGAGCAUGGAAGGUUCUUAUGGGGAUCUCUGUAUCAACCCAUCUCUGGCUUCGAAAAAGCGCAGUUUCCAUUACCCAGUCGUGGAUAACGAUGACAGACCUGCAUCCCAUCUAAGCCAUGGGACCCAUCACAAGCAUCGCUACGGCCAAGUUGUCAACAAUGGUGAGAGAAAUGAAAAGCGGGUUUUCGAUGCAGAUACCACAUCGACUACAGGAUCGACGUCUACACAUGGUCGCCCUUUUACUGGAGCUCUGCUCGAUGCCAUUGUGAAUGGCAACGACGUCACUUAUCUCUAUUCUCGCCGAAUUGAUUACCGAUGGUCAUAUACACAUAAUGGGAUUCGUUACUAUGUGAACCAAAAUAUUCUUGAGGGUGAGUCAGGAGUGUACAUCCACACGGCGCUUUACCUAAAUGCGCCGAUCCGUUAUGAAACGCAAAUAUAUAUGAUGGAGACCCGCGAAAUAAUUACUGAUAUUCGGUCUGAUUAUGCAGUUGCCUUUGAUAUCACUGACAGCCCUACCCUCCAAGAACAUACGGACGAUAUUUUUGCUGUUUUCCACUUCCAUGUGGAGGAACUUGCCGGAAACUUUGUUGGUGUCCGCUCCUUUGGAGUAUACCACAGCCAGACGGUAAUCCCAAUAACAAGCACGGGAGAUUAUCGGGUCUAUCCUGGCUUCAAUCCUAAUGACAGCGGCACUAUCACAAUAGCCGCUAGAAAUCGACGUGCACACGUACUGAACUGCGAGGAUGACAAUGACGAUGAGUGGAUCUCGCGUGAGUUCCUGCCUGGUUAUACGCUGACAGGCACCAUGCCGGAAGGAAACUACAAUAUCUAUGAAUUUGGUCAGUGGUUGUACGCGAACAACAUUGUGGUUCCAGCAGCAUUCCCAAACUAUGACACAAGUACGGGGUUCUCGUAUACGCGAGGACAUGAGACUGCGAAUUUCCGAAACGAUGGGGUUGAUGUUCCAGAUCUGAGCGGGUAUCCUCAUGCCUAG